AUGUCUAAGAGGAAACACAAGACACUUAGCCUUGCGCAGAAAUAUGAGAUAAUUCAGAAAUUAGACAACGGACGAAGUCCAGUGCAGCUCGUCGCAGAAUAUGGAGUUGGGAGGUCAACCAUCACAGAUAUAAAGAAAAAGAAGACCCAAAUUGCUGAAUACAUGAAUUCUCAUCAACAACAAACAACACAUCUGACUUUGAAGACGGCCAAGCACCCCAAUGUAGAGACGGCGUUGUACACGUGGUUUCUGCAGCAGAGGACCAAAAAUGUGAACAUUUCGGGCGAAAUCCUGCAAGAAAAGGCGAAAUUUUUUUACGAAGAAAUUACGGGACGGGACGACUUUGCGGCAAGUUCUGAACUAAGGAGAAGAGCGAUAUCAGAUGAGCGAGAAUUUGAAGAAAUGACGGUUCUGAUGAAUGUCAUCUCAUCAGGACCGGAUCUUGCAGCGAAUAAAGUUAGAACAUGGGCCUUGGGCGACGCAGCUGAAAAUGAGCAAAUAACAUUUUCUGAUGAAGAUUUGGUAAACAUUGCAUUAAGCGGCAACAACGAUGACACCCCUGAAGACGCUGAAGGUUAUGAAAAUUUAGCAGUUGUGAGUCACGGUGAAGCCGUGCGAUGUUUUACUACUUGCAUAGAGUGGGCGACAGAGAACAGUGUACUGUUAGUUGUAAUCACGACAGGACGUGGUGUGCCUUGUGUUUCAAGUUCUGAGUCAGAAUCAACUUGA